UUUCUAAUUUAUUUACUACUUUAUUUCUUUUAGAAAUUUGAAAAUAAUGUCGACUUUAUUUGUUAAGUACUGUUUAAGCCUUCAUUAUAGUUUAAUUUUACUGAUUAUAAUGCCGUUUGGAUCAAAGACGCGAGCGGACGAAUGCUACCUUCGUCCCGUCAUUCAUGUGCUCCAACAUCCCGGAUGCGUACCCAAACCUAUUCCCUCUUUUGCAUGCCAAGGGAGAUGUUUCUCUUAUGUUCAGGUUUCGGGAUCAAAAUUCUGGCAAGUAGAAAGAUCAUGCAUGUGUUGCCAAGAGGUGGGUGAGAGAGAGGCAAGCAUCGGAGUGUUCUGUCCAAAAUCACUUCCAAGAUUUAGAAAAAUCAACACGAGAGCACCAGUCGAGUGUAUGUGCCGUCCCUGUGCCACCAUGGACGAGAUAGUCAUCAAACCGCAAGAGAUAGCACGCCUACUGGCAGAAAAUCUUGAUGACUUAUCAAUUAUUUAA